AUGUCAGGAUUUUUAGAUUCCCCAGGAAAUGUUGGGUAUGAGAGGAGGUCCAGCUUUAAUGUUGGAGCUCCUGGUGCUCAAGGUUCAAGGGGCAGAAGAAGAAGUACAAUGGGAAGUGUUUUAAUGAACACAGAAUCAAUCAAGGAAAGACAGCAAAAGGCUCGAGACUUGAGGGAGGUGAGAAGAUCAAGACUUCUGCCUACCCACAAAUAUGUGUUAGUGAUUGUGUCCAAUCACCUGAACCUUGACUACACUGUGAUUGAGGAUUUUGUCCUGGAUUCUGAGAGAAACCUACAAGUGUUUGACCUUUUUCUGCAGAAGGAUGGGUGUAGGAGUUUGAAGUUUUAUUAUCAAGAUGGAGCAACACCAGGCUUGGAAGAGUGUGGAAGAAUUGUACAAGGAGCCCCUAAAGGCACAGUUGUACCUCGCAUUUUAGUGACAAGUGGUUCGGGAAAUGCUCUGCAUGGCCAAUGUGUAUACUUCCUGCGCACAAAGACUGAAUCAAAUCUAACUGCCAACAAUAUUGGCGAGGAGGUAUUGUUUGGAGUGCUUGAUGUGUCUCACGAACCAGGUGUGUUGUCUGCUUUUGAGAAUGUCAUGUCUAACAUCUACCAGUCAGCCCUGAAAAAUCUGGAGAACUGGGGAGACUUAAUGACUACACCUCAGGGCAGAAAGUCCAAGAAGCUUUUCCUCGACAAUUUCGAGAACUUUUUACAAUACCUUAGAAGUGCCCAGGCCAAUGCUGGAGAGGGUGUACACCUGAUUAAAUGUACCAGUGACAAAGUGAACCUGUCUGAGAUCUCCACUAUCAAUAACUGUAUCGACGUAGCAGCCAACCCAGACGUUGUCAGUGACAUGGAAGACCUGGCAAUGGCUUGGUGCAAGCAGAUUGAACAGAUUCUAGCUGAGAGUGAUCAGAUGAGAAAAGAGGCUGACGACACAGGUCCUCUGGCUGAACUAGACCACUGGAGACAGCUAAUGGCUAGAUUUAAUGCACUCUUGGAACAAAUCAAGAGCACCAAGUGCCGCAUGGUCAUCAACAUUAUCAACAUUGCAAGGUCCAAAGUUCUAAAGAAAUGGAAAGAAUUGGACAAGAAGAUUACAGACAAUGCAAAUGAAGCCAAAGAUAAUGUGAAGUUCCUUUAUACACUGGAGAAGUACUGUGCACCACUCUAUCGAUGUGAUCCGGUUUCAAUGACAGACUCCUUGCCUGGUCUUGUUAAUGCCAUCCGUAUGAUCCACAGUAUUUCCCGUUUCUACAACACUUCGGAGAGGAUGACCUCCCUUUUCAUUAAGGUGACUAAUCAAAUGGUGACAGCCUGCAAGAACUACAUCACUGACGAAGGAGUGACUAGGAUCUGGGACCAGCCCCGACAACCGCUCAUAGAGAAAUUGCAGAACUGUGUUACCCUCUACAGAAACUACCAAGCCAUUUUCCAACGCACCAAGAAAAAGAUUGAAGCAACCCCUGGCGAAAAACCAUUUGAGUUUUCAGAGAUGUACAUUUUUGGGAAAUUUGAGACUUUCUGCAAACGUUUGGAAAAGAUUAUCAACUUGCUGAAUUCUAUCCAGGCAUUUUCAGCUCUGUCCGAGUCAAAGAUAGAAGGCAUUGAGUCAUACGCGUCCAGAUUUCAGCAGAUUUAUUCCAGCUUGAAGAAAAAGCCAUACGACAUUUUGGAUCAUCGAAAACUGGAUUUUGAUAAUGAUUUUGAUGACUUCAAAAGACAACUUGGAGAUUUAGAGUCUGGAAUUCAAAGUUUCAUGGAAGGAUCGUUCUCAAAAAUGACGUCCGCCACCCAGGCUCUCACUCUUCUCACAAGAUUUGAGACCCUCAACUUACCACGACUGAAAAUAGAGGAAAAAUAUGCAACUAUUAUGGUGCAGUAUGGAGGAGAAAUAGAGGAAAUCAGAAAGCUGUAUAUGAAGUACAAAGAAGAUCCACCUAUUCCAAGGAACAUGCCUCCUGUGGCGGGCAAGAUCACAUGGGCCAGACAGCUAUCACAGCGGAUACAGGAUCCAAUGGACAUAUUUGCACUGCGAGCAAGUUGUUUGAAGACUGAAGAUGCUAAGAGGAUCAUUCGUAACUACAACAGGAUGAUGCGAGUACUCCUAGAGUAUGAGAUGCUGUAUCAUGAUGCCUGGAAAAAGUCUGUAGCUGUGGCUACCAAUUUCCUACAAGCCCCUGUGCUAGUGAGACAUCCUACUAAACAGGGAUUAUUGCUAGUGAACUUUGACCCCUACAUAUUUGAGGUGAUAAAGGAGGCAGAGUACAUGAUGAAGCUUGAUCUGGAGAUCCCUGAAGCAGCUACAGUACUUGUCCAUUCUAGAGACACCCUCAAGACACACAACAACAGACUCCAGCUGCUGCUGGAUGAAAACAAUAGUUUGAGAGCAGAUAUUCCACCCAUCUUUGUGAAUCUCCUGAGGCCAUCAUUGAAGAAGGUGGAUGUGGCAAUACGGCCUGGGUUAGUAAACCACACAUGGACAUCUCUCAGCCUGCCCGUCUACUUUGAUAUUGUGUCAAAUGCCCUGAGUGAUCUUGGAAUAGUUGUCAAACAGGUGAAUGACAUCAAGGUGACAAGGAUUGACAGCAUGCUUAAAGAAAUCAGUGAGACCUUGCUUUGUGACCUCCCUGAGCGCACUCCUUGGACAGUUAAUCAGUUCCUCAAAAAGAUGGAGGGAUAUUGCAAAGACAUGGGACAAGAAAUCAACAAGAUGAGUCACGUUAUUGAGGAUGCUGUGGCUGAGCUGAUUCGGAUUUUCUUACACAGAGCCCAAAUGGGACAGAGCAUUGGUGAUAUGGAGCCAACUGCAGAUAUUGGAAGUAAGACAGCAUUUUGUACUUUGUUUAAAGGGGCUGAAAACUCGGAUGGUCAGAGUGUGGACGACAGUGUCAGUGACAUGUCUGAUGAGCAAAACAUUCGUGAGGCAUGCGACGAGCUGAAAGAAUCCUUCAACCACAGACUUGUCGAGGCUCUGCUGAAGGCCACAAGGCACUCUCUAGAUGUGAUGAGACGGCGCUUCUUUUCUGGAGGAAGAAGACAUGGCAUGAUGCAUUUUGAUGAAAGUGUUGGAGGUUCAAACAGUGGCAGACAAGUUCCUUUCUUCACUGCCAACAUCACUUUGUCAAUCCCUCAUGUGGUGAUGCAGCCAGGGCUGGAGGACAUACAGCACGCCUUGAACAAAGCCACACAGAUGGUGGUGGAUAUCAGUAAAGAGGUGUACCAGUGGGGACAGGACCGGUCACGUCAGUUCCAAACAGAUCACAAGGAAACCAACUCCUUUCAUCCACAUGGUGAGCCAGGAUUUCAGUUACUUAUAAACAACACCUGACAGUUAUUACAAGUGCCGUUAAAGAACUAUCACAAGAGUAUUGCAGACAACAAGGAUGUGUCGAAGUAUGUAAUGAUGAUGUCAUCUGCACUCAGCACAUUGAAAGCGGACAUCAUGGAAGCCUUGCAGAGGUACUCGGACUACGCCUUUCUUUGGGAGAAAGAUCGUGAAGAGGCUGUAACAGAGUUCAUAGCAGAAGAUCCCAUUCUGUCAGAGUACAAAGCAAAGGUGGCUAUGUUCAAGAAAUUAGAGGACAAUAUUGAAGACAUCCAUACUUCAGAACAAGUUGGGGCCAUAGAACUCUUUACUGAGCCUCUUAAGCUGGCCCUGCGAGUAGAAAUCAAGGCAUGGAAGCUGCUGUUUGGAAAAGAACUCAACCGAAAGUAUCGUAGUAAAAUGGAGGAAGUCAUCAACUUCAUAGAUGAUUAUAGCAAACGCUUGGCUCGUCCAAUCAGAGAUCUUGAAGAUGUAAGGGAAGCCAUGGCAGCUCUGACUGACAUCAGAGAAAACACCAUACAGAUAGAUAUGACACUAGGGCCAGUGGAGAGUUUUGCUCCUAUGCUGCAUGACUUUGAAGUGACCAUUCCAAAAGAGGAGACAGACAAAGUGGAUUCUGUUAGAUAUUCCUUCCACAAACUCAUUGCCAGCUCAAAUCAUGUGCAAGAUGAGCUUGUCAGUGUUCAGCCAGGCUUCAAGAGUGAGUUACUUGUGUCUGUCGAAGUCUUUCAUAAAGAUGUUGCAGACUUUGGACUCAAUUAUGACACUGAUGGUCCUAUGUGUGAGGGUAUCACACCUACUGAAGCUAAUGACAGAUUGCAGGCUUUCCAGAGUCAGUUUGAUGAACUGUAUAACAAGUACGGUAUCUACAGUGCUGGAGAACAGUUGUUUGGUUUAACAGUGACAGAGUAUCCCAGUCUGAUGAGGAUCCGUAAGGAGCUUGGCCUGUUACAGAAGCUUUACAGCCUCUACAGUACUGUGAUGUCUGUCAUCAAUGGCUAUUUCGACAUCCUGUGGACAGAAGUGGACAUUGACAAGAUCAAUGGAGAACUCAGUGAUCUGCAAAACAGAUGUCGACGACUACCGAAAGCAUUAAAAGAGUGGCAAGCCUUUCUGGAGCUUAAGAAAAAGAUUGACGACUUCAGUGAAUCCUGUCCUCUUCUAGAACUUAUGUCAAACAAGGCAAUGAAGGAGCGCCACUGGGACCGUAUUGCCAAGCUCACUGGGCACACAUUUGACUUUGACUCAGAAAAUUUCACGCUCCGGGACAUAAUGAAAGCACCUCUUCUCAAGUACAAGGAAGAUAUUGAGGAUGUUUGUAUCUCUGCUGUUAAAGAAAAAGACAUAGAAGCUAAACUCACUGUUGUUAUUGCUGACUGGAAUGGGCGGAUACUGAGCUUCUCCAAUUUCAAGGCUCGUGGAGAGCUGCUGUUGAAAGGUGGUGAGACUGCUGAAAUUAUUGCCAUGCUGGAGGACAGCCUUAUGAUUCUCAGUUCUCUUCUCAGCAACAGGUACAAUGCCCCAUUUAAAAAAACUAUACAAGAGUGGGUGGCCAAGCUGUCCAACACCAAUGACAUUCUAGAGAAUUGGCUCAUUGUACAGAACCUGUGGGUGUACCUGGAGGCUGUGUUUGUGGGAGGAGAUAUUGCCAAACAACUCCCACAGGAAGCAAAACGAUUCCAGAACAUUGACAAGUCCUGGGUGAAGAUCAUGCUACGUGCACAUGAGGUCACCAAUGUAGUGCAAUGCUGUGUAGGGGAUGAGACUUUGGGUCAGCUGUUACCUCAUCUAUUGGAACAGUUGGAGCUCUGUCAGAAAUCUCUCACAGGGUAUUUGGAGAAAAAGAGAUUAGUGUUCCCGAGAUUUUUCUUCAUAUCUGACCCAGCUUUGUUGGAAAUUCUUGGACAGGCCAGUGAUUCCCACACAAUCCAGGCUCAUUUGCUGGGAAUAUUUGAGAAUGUUAACGAAGUGGAGUUCCAUGAAAAGGAUUAUGAUAGAAUGAUUGCUGUAAUUUCAAGGGAAGGAGAAAAGAUUAUGUUGGAGUCAGAGAUCAGUGCCAAGGGAAAUGUGGAGAUGUGGCUGGGAGAACUACUCUAUCAACAACAGAGGUCUUUACAUGGGGUCAUCAGGGAUGCAUUCCGCAAUAUCAACACCCCAGAGUUUGAACUAUUGGGAUUCCUCGCCAACUUUCCUGCUCAGGUUGGGUUAUUAGGCAUCCAGAUGAUAUGGACCAGAGAUGCAGAAGUUGCACUGCAGCAUGCACGCAGUGACAAGAAGAUCAUGCAAACAACGAACCAGCGCUUCCUUGAUAUGCUCAACAAGCUGAUUGAGCAGACCACACAUGACCUCACCAAGGUUGAAAGAGUCAAGUACGAAACACUUGUCACAAUUCACGUCCACCAGCGUGACAUAUUUGAUGACUUGACGAGAAUGCACAUCAAGUCAGUGACAGACUUUGAGUGGUUGAAACAGGCUAGAUUUUACUUCAAGGAGGACACGGAUCAGUGUAUCGUCCAGAUAACAGAUGUAGACUUCAUCUAUCAGAAUGAGUUCCUUGGCUGUACUGACAGACUUGUUAUCACCCCACUCACUGACAGAUGUUACAUUACACUGGCCCAGGCUUUAGGAAUGUCCAUGGGUGGAGCACCUGCAGGGCCAGCUGGAACAGGGAAAACAGAGACCACUAAAGAUAUGGGCAAGGCUCUCGGCAAAUAUGUUGUGGUCUUCAACUGCUCUGAUCAGAUGGACUUCAGAGGCCUUGGUCGAAUCUACAAAGGACUUGCCCAGUCAGGAUCCUGGGGAUGUUUCGAUGAGUUCAACAGAAUUGAGUUGCCUGUAUUGUCGGUAGCUGCACAACAGAUCUAUAUUGUGCUAGUUGCCAAAAAGGAGAGAAAGAAAGAGUUCAUCUUCACAGAUGGUGACAAUGUUGAUCUCAACCCAGAGUUUGGCCUGUUCAUUACCAUGAACCCUGGGUAUGCUGGUCGUCAGGAGCUGCCAGAGAAUCUGAAGGUCCAGUUCAGGACAGUAGCUAUGAUGGUUCCAGACCGUCAGAUCAUCAUGAGGGUGAAGUUGGCCAGUUGUGGUUUCCAGGAAAACAUCAUUCUAGCCCAAAAAUUUUACACUCUGUACAAACUGUGUGAGGAACAGCUUUCCAAACAGGUUCAUUAUGACUUUGGUUUGAGAAACAUCUUGUCUGUGUUGAGAACACUCGGAGCCAAUAAGAGAGCCCGGCCCAAUGACACUGAGAGUACGAUUGUGAUGAGAGUACUGAGGGACAUGAAUCUUUCCAAAUUGGUAGAUGAGGAUGAGCCACUGUUCAUGAGUCUGAUUGCUGACUUGUUUCCGGGAAUCACCCUUGACAGUGCCACAUAUGCUGAAUUACAGGUUGCUAUUGGCAACCAGGUGGAUAAUGCUGGCCUCAUCAACCAUCCUCCAUGGAAUCUAAAACUUGUGCAGCUGUUUGAGACCCAGCGUGUGCGUCACGGUAUGAUGACAUUAGGACCCAGUGGUGCAGGCAAGACCUGUUGUAUUUAUGUUCUAAUGAAAAGCAUGGCUGACUGUGGCACACCUCAUAGGGAGAUGAGGAUGAACCCAAAAGCCAUUACAGCCCCACAGAUGUUUGGGAGACUGGACGUGGCUACCAACGACUGGACGGAUGGUAUCUUUUCCACGCUCUGGAGAAGGACACUUAAAGCCAAGAAAGGUGAGAAUGUUUGGUUGGUACUGGACGGCCCUGUGGAUGCUAUCUGGAUUGAGAACUUAAACUCUGUCUUGGAUGACAACAAGACCUUGACGCUUGCUAAUGGAGACCGUAUCCCUAUGUCACCCUCCUGUAAGAUUGUAUUUGAGGUACACAACAUUGAUAAUGCCUCCCCAGCCACAGUCUCCAGGAAUGGUAUGGUCUACAUGAGCUCCUCUGCUCUUGAUUGGAGGCCAAUUCUUCAGGGUUGGCUGAAGACACGGACCCCACAAGAGAGUGAAGUACUAAUGAAUCUAUUUGACAAAAUCUUUGACGAUCUGUACAACUAUGUCAACAAUAGUCUUGUAAAGAAAAUGGAUGUUCUACAGUGUAAUCAGAUAAAACAGGCCUGUGACCUGCUAGAGGGCCUGAUCCCCAAAAGAGAUGACAAGAGUGCUCUACCAGCCUCCCAGUUGGAGAAGUUAUUCAUUUUUAGUCUGAUGUGGAGUCUUGGUGCCCUGCUGGAAUUGGAUGGCCGUGCUAAAAUGGAGGAAUUUGUCACAAACCAUGAGUGUUCCUUGAACCUCCCUCCUGUCCAGGAGGAUGAAACCAUCUUUGAAUUUGUGAUGGAUGAUAAAGGUGAAUGGGAGCACUGGUCCAGGAGAGUGGAGGAGUAUAUCUACCCUUCAGACUCUGUACCGGAAUUUUCAUCCAUUCUUGUUCCAAAUGUGGACAAUGUCCGCUCUAACUUCCUCAUAGACACUGUUUCCAAGCAACACAAGGCUGUGCUUCUUAUAGGAGAACAGGGAACAGCUAAGACAGUGAUGAUCAAAGGUUACAUGGCUAAAUAUGACCCUGACCUUCACCUUGGAAAGAGCUUCAACUUCUCCUCUGCUUCCACUCCUAUGAUGUUCCAACGAACAGUGGAAAGUUAUGUGGACAAGAGAAUGGGAAGUACCUAUGGUCCACCAGGGGGCAGGCGUAUGACUGUGUUUGUUGAUGACAUCAAUAUGCCUAUCAUCAAUGAAUGGGGCGAUCAGAUAACCAACGAAAUCACACGUCAAAUGAUGGAGAUGCAUGGCAUGUACAGUCUUGACAAGCCUGGUGAUUUUAUAUCCAUUGUUGACCUCCAAUUCGUGGCUGCCAUGAUCCAUCCUGGUGGCGGUCGCAAUGACAUCCCUCAGCGUCUGAAACGCCAAUUCUCGAUCUUCAACUGCACACUGCCAUCCAACAAUUCCAUAGACAAGAUCUUUGGAAUUAUAGGGUGUGGUUAUUUCUGCCCUGAGAGAUUUGCAGCUGAAGUUUGUACCUUGACCAAGGACCUGAUACCAGCCACUCGUACACUCUGGCAGAUGACAAAGAUUAAGAUGUUGCCCACCCCUGCAAAGUUUCACUACAUCUUCAACCUGAGAGAUUUGUCAAGAAUCUGGCAGGGAAUGCUGACCAUACAGGGAGAGGAGUGCCAAAACGAGACCACUUUACUGGCUCUGUGGAAACAUGAGUGUACUAGGGUCAUAGCAGACAGGUUCACCAAUCAUGAGGAUAAGUUGUGGUUUGAGAAUGCUGCUGUCAAUGUGAUGAAGAACCUGCUGGGUGAGGAGUAUGCUGCUCAGUGUCCAGAUGAACCCUACUUUGUAGAUUUCCUGAGAGACCCUCCAGAACCAACAGGAGAAGAGGCUGACGAUGCUGUCCUUGAUGCUCCAAAGAUAUAUGAGGCAAUUCCUGACUACGACUUCCUGAAUGAAAAGCUGCUAGGCUACAUGCUACAGUACAAUGAAAUGGUGCGAGGAGCACACAUGGAUCUGGUAUUCUUUAAGGAUGCCAUGGUACACCUCAUCAAGAUUUCUCGAAUCAUCCGUACCCCCCGAGGAGCAGCCCUGCUGGUAGGAGUAGGAGGAUCCGGUAAACAGUCCCUCACUCGCCUGGCUUCCUUCAUCGCAGGCUAUAAAAUUUUUCAGAUCACACUUACAAGAUCUUACAAUGUCACCAACUUGAUGGAGGACCUGAAAUUCCUGUAUCGUACGGCAGGUGGCCAGGGUCAGGGCAUCACCUUCCUCUUCACAGACAAUGAGAUCAAGGAUGAGUCCUUCCUCGAAUACCUCAACAAUGUUCUUAGCUCUGGAGAGGUCUCUAACCUGUUCGCGAGAGAUGAGUUAGAUGAAAUAACCCAGGAGCUGAUUCCUGUGAUGAAGAAAGAAUUCCCUCGUCGAGCUCCCACGCAGGAGACCCUCUAUGACUAUUUUAUCAGCCGGGCUCGCAGUAAUUUACACACUGUUCUCUGCUUCUCUCCUGUAGGAGAGAAGUUUCGUAACAGAUCUUUGAAGUUUCCCGGACUGAUUUCUGGUUGUACCAUGGAUUGGUUUAGUCGCUGGCCAAAGGAUGCUCUUAUAGCGGUGUCUGGACAUUUUCUCAAUAGUUUUGACAUUGCAUGUACAAAGGAAACAAAAUCCCAGCUUGUCCACAGUAUGGGCUCUGUCCACGACAAUGUUGCCUCUGUUUGUGUGGACUAUUUCCAGAGGUAUCGACGUCAGACACAUGUGACUCCCAAAUCCUACCUGUCUUUCCUGGAUGGCUACAAGAAUGUGUACAGUAGUCAGCAUGCUGACAUUGCAGAGAUGGCAAGAAGAAUGAACACUGGCCUGGAGAAACUGAUUGAAGCAAGUGCAUCUGUGGAUGUUCUGUCCAAGGAGCUGGCUAUCAAAGAGAAAGAGUUGGCUCAGGCUAAUAUACGGGCAGACAAGGUAUUGGCAGAGGUCACAGUUAGUGCUCAGGCAGCUGAGAAAGUGAAAAGUGCUGUACAGACAGUGAAGGAUCGUGCCCAGAAGAUUGUAGAUGAAAUCAACUCAGAAAAAACAGUGGCUGAGGCAAAACUUGAGGCUGCAAAGCCUGCUUUAGAGGAAGCAGAGAAUGCACUCAAGACUAUUAAACCUUCUGACAUUGCCACUGUGAAGAAGCUAGGAAAACCACCUCAUCUCAUCAUGAGGAUUAUGGAUUGUGUGCUGAUUCUGUUCCAGAAGAGAGUAGAUAGUGUUACACAAGACCCAGAGAGGAUUUGUCCAAAACCAUCAUGGAGUGAAUCUUUGAAGCUACUGAGCAGUUCAUCCUUCCUGACAACACUGCAGACUUUUCCCAAGGACACCAUUAAUGGUGAGACUGUGGAGCUACUGGCACCAUACCUCAACAUGGAGGACUACACCUUUGAGACUGCUAAGAAGGUGUGUGGCAGUGUGGCUGGUCUGCUGUCCUGGACCACUGCCAUGUCCUUCUUCUUUGGUAUCAACCGUGAAGUUCUGCCAUUAAAGGCAAACUUAGCCAAGCAAGAGGCUCGCCUCCAGGUGGCAACAAAAGAGCUGAGUGAAGCUCAAGGACAGCUGGACGAUAAACAGAAAGAACUGGAUGCUGUUCAGGCUAUGUAUGAUGCAGCUAUGCAAGAAAAACAGGACUUGCUGGAUGAUGCUGAAUCCUGUAGGAGGAGGAUGACUGCUGCAUCUACCCUUAUUGGAGGCUUAGCUGGAGAGAAAGUUCGGUGGACACAUCAGAGCAAGCUGUUUAAAUCACAGAUAGAGAGAUUGGUUGGUGAUGUUCUGAUGUGUACAGGUUUCCUGUCCUACUCGGGACCAUUUAACCAGGAGUUUCGCACCAAGCUACUCAACAAUUGGCAGAGGGAACUGUCCAGCAGACACAUCCCCUUCACCAGUGACCUUAACCUCAUCACAAUGCUUGUUGACAAUGCCACAAUAGGUGAGUGGAAUAUCCAGGGACUGCCUAAUGACGAGCUGUCUGUACAGAAUGGAAUAGUAACUACCAAGGCGUCCCGUUACCCUUUACUGAUUGACCCACAGGGCCAAGGCAAGACAUGGAUCAAGAACCGGGAGAAAGAACGUGACCUACAGGUGACUUCUCUGAACCACAAGUACUUCCGUACCCACCUUGAGGAUGCUUUGUCCCUAGGACGUCCCCUUCUGUUGGAGGAUGCUGAGGAGGAGCUUGAUCCAGCUCUUGACAAUGUCCUUGAGAAAAACUUCAUUAAAUCUGGAUCAACAUUCAAGGUCAAAGUAGGUGAUAAAGAAUGUGAUGUGAUGAAUGAUUUCUACCUGUACAUCACAACCAAACUGCCAAACCCCUCCUACACUCCAGAAGUGAGUGCCAGGACAGCCAUUAUAGACUUCACCGUGACCAUGAAAGGUUUGGAGGAUCAGCUACUUGGUCGUGUCAUCAUGACGGAGAAAAAUGAACUAGAGGCUGACCGUGCCAAGCUCAUGCUGGACGUUACUGUGAACAAGAGGAAAAUGCAGGAAUUGGAGGAUAAUCUCCUGUACAAACUCACCAGCACAAAGGGCUCUCUAGUGGAUGAUGAGUCCCUCAUACAGGUACUGUCCAACACGAAGGUUACUGCUGCUGAGGUCAGUGAGAAAUUAUCUGUGGCAGCAGAAACUGAGAUAAAGAUCAACGAGGCCAGAGAGGAGUACAGGCCUGUGGCCACAAGAGGUAGUAUCCUGUAUUUCCUGGUCUGUGAUAUGAGUAUGGUGAACAAGAUGUACCAGACUUCUCUCAAGCAGUUUCUUGGUCUGUUUGAUAUCUCCAUGCAAAAGUCUGAGAAAAGCCCUGUACCAGCCAAAAGGAUCAACAAUAUUAUAGAGUUCCUGACAUAUGAAGUAUUCCGCUACACCUGUCGUAGUUUGUAUGAGGAACACAAGUUUCUCUUUACAAUGCUUGUUACCUUCAAAAUCAACAUCCAAAAGGGACAGAUUAGAAAUGAGGAGUUCCAGACAUUUAUCAAAGGUGGUGCUGCAUUGGACCUUAAUGCUGUGACACCAAAACCAGCACGAUGGAUCAUGGACAUGACAUGGCUCAAUCUUGUACAGCUCAGUGGUCUUCCUCAGUUCAGUGAAAUUCUAAACCAGGUAUCACGUAAUGAGAAAGCUUGGAAGGCAUGGUUUGAUACAGAGGCUCCUGAGGAGGAGCAGAUCCCAGAUGGUUACAGUGCCUCGCUUGACUCGUUCCGCAAACUGCUGCUCAUCAGGUCUUGGUGUCCUGACAGAACCAUUCCUCAGGCCAGAAAGUUUAUUGGGGAUGCUAUGGGUCUGCAAUAUGCAGAGUCCGUCAUCCUGAACAUGGAAGCAACUUGGGCAGAGAGUGACAACAGAACACCUCUCAUAUGUCUACUGUCUAUGGGUUCUGACCCGACCAAUCAGAUAGAGGGGUUGUGUAAGAAACUUAAUCUAGAGUUCCGAGCUAUUUCCAUGGGUCAAGGACAGGAAGUCCAUGCAAGGAAACUCAUCAGCCUUUUCAUGCAUUCUGGUGGUUUCGCCAUGCUGCAGAACUGCCAUCUUGGACUAGAUUUCAUGGAUGAGUUACUGGAGACCAUUGUAGAGACCCAGCAGGUCCAUGAGGAGUUUAGAGUUUGGAUAACAACUGAGGUUCAUCCUGCCUUCCCCAUCAGUUUACUACAGUCUUCCAUCAAAUUCACUAACGAGCCGCCACAGGGCAUUAAGGCAGGCCUGAAAAGGACUUACGCUGGCAUCACACAGGACUACCUGGACAUCAAUACCAUGAUGCAGUGGAAGCCAAUGUUGUUUGGGGUCUCAUUUCUUCAUACUGUGGUACAGGAAAGGAGAAAGUUUGGACCACUUGGUUGGAAUAUUCCUUAUGAGUUCAACUCUUCUGAUUGGACUGCCAGUGUCCAGUUUGUUCAGAAUCACCUUGAUGAUAUUGACCCAAGAAAGGGUAUAUCAUGGACUACAGUGAGGUACAUGUUGGGAGAGGUCCAGUACGGUGGUCGAGUUACUGAUGAUUAUGAUAAGCGCCUCUUAAACACAUUUGGAAGGGUGUGGUUCGGAGACUUUAUGUUUCUCGACAGUUUCCAGUUCUACAUAGGCUACAAGAUUCCCAAAGUGAAGAGCAUUGAUGACACCAUGGGCUUCAUAGAAAACCUACCAUUGGUCGACUCACCUGAGGCCCUGGGUCUGCACACCAAUGCUGACAUCACGUAUCAGACCAACCUGAGUACCUCGGUCUUGGACACAAUGAUGAGUAUCCAGCCCAAAGACAGUGGUGGGGGUGCUGGGGAGACCAGGGAGAGCAUUGUAUACAAAAUGGCCUCUGACAUGCUCAGUAAACUGCCAGGCAACUACAUACCACAUGAGGUACGUGACAGACUGAGACGCUAUGGACACCUGCAGCCCCUUAACAUCUUCCUCAAGCAGGAAAUUGACCGAAUGCAGAGGGUCAUCCAUGAAGUAAGAGUGACACUGACAGAUCUGAGACUUGCUAUAGAUGGAACCAUCAUCAUGAGUGAGAACUUGCGUGAUGCCCUGGACAACAUGUUUGAUGCCCGAGUUCCAAGUCUAUGGAGGAAGAUCUCCUGGGAGUCAUCUACUCUAGGCUUCUGGUUCACAGAGUUACUGGAGAGGAAUGAACAGUUCUAUGCCUGGGUAUUUGUAGGUCGACCUGAUGUAUUUUGGAUGACAGGAUUCUUCAAUCCUCAAGGUUUCCUGACAGCUAUGAGACAGGAGGUGACCAGGGCACACAAAGGAUGGGCCCUUGACUCCGUUACUCUUCACAAUGAAGUUAUACGACAGAACAGGGAGGACAUUACAUCAGCACCACCAGAAGGAGUAUAUGUUUAUGGUCUAUUCCUGGAUGGUGCUGCCUGGGACAGGAGGAACAGUCGUCUGUGUGAGUCAACACCUAAGGUACUGUUCACUGCCUUACCAGUUGUCCACAUGUUUGCCAUCAACUCCACCGCACCCAAGGAUCCACGACUUUAUCAGUGUCCUAUUUACAAGAAACCAAACCGCACCGACUUAACCUACAUCACCUUCAUAGUACUCAAGACUAACCAGAACCCAGAUCAUUGGAUUCUCCGUGGAGUGGCUGCUCUGUGUGAUAUCAAGUAA